AAGCAGUGGUCCACGUAAUCUCAUCUAUCUGAUCAUCGCAAGACCACAAAGUAUGCAGCACUGCCACGAGUUUGUUGUGGACCAUCGUCCUUGCUUGAUUCUGUAUGUCAAUGUACUCCGAGGACGGAAAAUAACUAAAGGGUGGGGCGAUAUGGUUGACACACCUGACCCGUACAUUGAGCUGAAGAUGCGCAAAACUCCGGACGCCAAAAGAAGAACAGCCACAAAAACUAACGAGAUCAAUCCCGUGUGGAACGAGAAUUUCCGUUAUCUCCUCGUUCCACGAGAAAAGAACAUACUUCAUAUUAACCUAAAAGACGACAACUACACGAUGGAUGAGACAAUAGGAAGUGAGCAGAUCAACAUAAACAGCCUGGAAAGGAACAAGUGGAUCAAGAAGACCGUUACUUUUAACAAGGUCUCUGAAAUUGAUAUGGAAUUAAAGACAGAAACAGAUACGCAACCCAAUUUACGCUACAGUGUGGAUUUGUGUGAAGAAGAAAUGAAUUAUCUUAAGGCCAGGAAGGUGAAAACUUUGAGAGGAAUGGGCUGUUUACUUGGCGGAAGGGGGCCGAAAACCAUUGAAGAGGUGCCGACUGUAGCCGUGCUGGGGUCAGGUGGGGGUUUCCGGGCUAUGGUGGCCUAUAGCGGUGUCUUCAAAGCUCUGCAAGAAACAGGUGUGCUGGACUGUGUCACUUAUACAUGUGGACUGUCGGGGUCAUGUUGGUUAUUAUCGACAUUGUACUCGCAUCCGAAGUGGCCAAAGUUGUCUCUGAAAGAAUUUCAGGAAGAGCUAAAACAGAACAUUGACGCGAGUUUGAUUAACUUGAUGGGAAUGCAGCAAGUAGGUCGAUACAUCAGCGCCAUGAUUGAAAAAUGGAACAACGGCCAACCAAUCAGCUUCACGGAUUUCUUUGGCCAUCUGGUGGGAGAAACACUAAUUAAAGAUAGAAAAGCUUGUACACUGACAGAUCAACAGAUAAAAAUCGUAGACGGUAACAUCCCAAUGCCUCUGUAUACGUGUGUACACGUGAAGAAGAAUGUUUCUGCCAGAGAUUUCCAAGAAUGGAUUGAGUUCAGCCCUUUCGAGAUAGGAAUGGCGAAGUUUGGAUCGUUCAUGAAGAGCGAGUAUUUCGGCAGUAAGUUCUUCAUGGGCAAGUUGGCGAAGAAGUACGACGAACCCCCACUCCACUUUUUACAAGGUAUUUGGGGCAGCGCUUUCUGCAUCAUGUUUAAUCGACUAUUUGAUGACAAUCGAAACAUGGACCCCGUGGAGAUUGUCAGACGAGAAAUGAAAAAGAAAAUUAAAGAAGAAUCGGUGCUGAGUGACGGAAGCGAAGAUGAAGACGAUGAUGACGACGAUGAUUUUGAUAAUCACGAUAACUGUCAUCAUGAUAAUUGUGAAGAACAAGGAGUGGAAAAAACGGUCGCGGACAAAGGAUUCUGGAUGAACUGGUUUAAGAGACUAGUAGAUAGCAAGAGAUUUCAGCUUCUGAGCUCGCGCACUGGCCGCGCAGGUGUGAUACACAACUUCCUGAGAGGGAUUUCGUUACUACCUAAAGGAAAAGAAACUAAAACCCCCAAAGAAACAGAUUCUGACGAUUCAUACGAAGGAAUCAGAGUGUAUUCCACCCACGUGAAGAAACAAUUCGUCGUGGACGCAGGGUUAACUUUCAACUCCCCGUACCCUCUCGUGCUGAGGCAAGCCCGCGGGACAGACCUCAUCCUGUCGUUUGACUUCAGUGGUAGACCCAGCGAUGACAGCGAGCCGUUCAAGGAAAUAAAACUGGCUGAAAAGUGGGCUAAACAGAACGGCCUUCGUUUCCCACCCAUCGACACGAGUGUGUUUGAGAAAGAAGGGAUGAAGGAGUUGUACAUCUUCCGUGAUCCCAACGACCCUAACUGUCCCAUAAUACUUCACUUCGUCCUCGUGAAUCUUGACUUCCGGAAGUACAAGAAGCCAGGUGUCCCAAGGGAGACUACUGAAGAGAAAGAAUUCGCGGACUUCGCCGUCUUUGACGACCCCGAAGCCCCGUAUUCCACGUUUAACUUCACCUACACUCACAUGGCGUUUGAUCGGUUAUCUCAGCUGAUGGAAUUCAAUACACUCAACCACCUGAAGGAGAUCAAAGAGGCCAUUGCGGAGGCAGUCCAGAGGAAACGAAAAUAA